AUGGCGUCUCAGCUCGCGCGUCAGACCCACGCGUACCUCCCAAUAGAUUGGUUUCCAGAAUACCAGACAUUUUCCUACCAUUUCGAUUAUGUCACUGUCAUCAUUAUUUUAUCAUUAAUUUGUUUCAUUCCAUCAGUUUUUGCCACUGUUCGAAUGAUUUUGUUUUACCUGAAAACUAGUACUCGAAAUCGUUCGAAAGUGAUUCAUCCAUAUGUAUUCAAGUCGUUUCUCUGUAUGCAGUCCUGCAAUAUAAUUGCUACAGUUAUCGAUUUCAUUGUCUACAGAGUUCCAUACACAACGCUGGUUACUUCAUAUUUUGCUACGAUAAAAUCUGAAAUCAUCAUCAGAUAUUUAGUCGCUGCACUCUAUGCAUUCAACUACAUGUCUCAAUUAUAUACAGUUUUGUUCUGUUUCAUCAGAGUAUUGGUUCUUUUUAAUCCAAGAACUCACUCAGAGCGUCUGCAAAACAUCGGGGACGCUGUGUUCUCUUCGAUUGUCACUUUUUGUAUAGUUACGAUGACAUCAGUGAUGAUCUUCAAAGUGAAGACUCUGAAAUUAGUAGGCCAACAUUCGAAACUGAAGGCAAAAGCAGAAACAACACUGAAAAUCACAAUGUGCAUUAUUCUGAUACCAUCUAUUAUGACUCAAAUUUUUACUGUAAUAUGUUUCUACGCAACAACCUAUGCCAGCUAUAUUAUUCUCGUUCGUCCAGUUCUUCUGGAUUGUCGAGUGAGUAUAGUCUCUUGCUACUUCUAUUGGACUCAUCCAUAUUUCAAGCAGACGUUGACUCCAAAACCACUUAGCGUGAAGUCUCUGAGCACUAGCUAA